AUGGCCAUGACCACAUCCUCAGCCCCUUCCUUGCAGGUCGAUCUCGCCGGUCUCUCACAACUCAUCUUCAACGUCGGAUCCCAUGGACUCAAGCAGUUGGCCACGGCUGGCGUUGAUAUUCAUUCCAUAGGAUGCAUGCUCAUGAUCGCGGAGUACACGCCAGCAUCGCAAGAGUUCAGGAAGAAGAUCAAUUACGCUCGCAACGCGCAGCGUUCCGAACGACUAUGGCUGUACAAAGUUGUUGAGAUCGGCGCGUCGACAAAUUUUCUGGCCGACCAGUUGCUCAAAACAAGGGCCGGUGAGAACGUGUUAGCUUUGAUGGCAGCUAUAACGCCGGUUAUGGACGAGGAAACAUGUACAGUCGCACUGAACGCUCUAUUUGAGGAGGCCAAGGUUUCCCUUGAUAAUAUACCAGGUCUGGGACAGCUUCGAUCGCUUCGGACUGAUCUUGUGCCGUUAUCAAGAAGAGUUGGUUUCGGUGAGAAAGUAUUCAACUACCACAAGUUCCUCUGGUCGAUUCACCCAGAUCAUUCCUCUACAAUGCCCAAAGAAGGACCAUACUCAGCUAUCCCACUGGCCAAAGACAUCGCUUCCAUCAUUCGCAUGCUUCACAAGGUCGUUUCUACCGAAGAACCAUACAUAUUCAUAUGCUGGGGGUUCCGAGGCGCCGCCUGGAUCACAUCUUAUGGGAGCGAGGUGCUCGGGCUAAAGGUCUGCGCUCUUCAAGCAGAUCGAACACCAAUACCUGUCACAGGGUCUUACGAGGAUGCAAAGAUCCUCAUUGAGUUGUCCUCCAACAAGAGCAGCUGUGGUCUAUAUUUGAAGAAAACAUUAGAGGAACAAUUUGAGUUGUCCAAGGAGAGACCCGAGAACCAACGAGGCUGGAGCGUCGACUGUGCAAUUGUGCAUUUCCUGGAGUAUCGGCUUUCGAAAAUCACACAAUCAGAGUCUCUUCCCAGGAUUUCGGCCUUUGUGGCCAUAGAGACACUGAACCAAGUGUCUACCUUGGCAAGCGCCAUAUCAUCGUGGACUGAGAAUCGCAUGGCAUUUCAGAAUGCUAACAUGACAGGUUUUGUGACCUACGCCGAGUCCGAAUUGCGCCACAUACAAGCCAGGAGUUUAAGGAUACUGCGGCAGCUAGGGUUUUUGCCGGGGGAUAUUGAAAGCUACAAGUUCUCUGUAUCGAAAGGUUGUCCCACGUAUAUCUGUCAUGGCCAUAUGAGCGAUCCACCCGUGCUAAAAGUCGAAAGCGACAUUGAAGACACUUACUACGACUACGAGUUGAAGAAAACCGUAAUAAGGACAUACGACUCUCUCCAUGGACAGUACAUGGUGUCUGGUGCCCGAUUUGGGUUGACCAUAACUGAUCGGCUACGCUAUUACAUCGCUGAUCCAAUCAUCUAUGAGCUAGGCGAAGUACCACCUGGCUCGAAGUCAAGCUUCGACCAUGGCUUUUUGAAGCUACGCUUGGACAAACAGCAGGAAGUGUCCGAAACGAUCAGGAUCGCCUCUCAUUUCGCGUCGUAUUUAGCAUUCUCCGAUUGGGACGUCACGAUUAGGCAGAUGUCAGUCAGCUUUCUUCAAUUCGGUCAGAAGCAGGAGCGAAGGGAUGAGCGCGAAUGCUUCGAGGCCCACAUGUCAUCUGCCAUUCCACUAUGUGCCGACAACCUUGACUUAUCCACAUUGGAGAACAAAUUGUGGAGCGCAGAUUGGCUGGCGCUUGAUUUGGAUGGAUUGAUCGUGCAUCGCAACACCGCACGCAACUUCUCCAUACAUGAUCUCCGUGGCAAAUUUUUGGGCUUCACUGCUGGCAGAAUUGUCUCUGAAGGCGAGACUUGCUCCAAAGUUCGGUCAGACCGGGUCGGCUUGAGCUAUCAGGAUUUCGCAAGCGAGGUUUCCGGGGCAAAGAUAGCAGCUUGUGUACCAAGACUCAAAUUCCGUGGCCUCGGAGUACGAACGUUACUCUCAACUGUCAAAGAUACGCUAUUCGUCCGACUGGAAGGGUUCCUCGACUCAAAGCCCAUCCUCGUCGGUGACGCAAGUCUGGUGGGACAAAAAUUACCCGAUGCCUUUGUUAGUGUCCCAUGCAAGCAUGGAUACCACGAGCCCACAACGAUCCAAACUCUACAAGACAACGCCGGCACAGUCCCUAUAGACCUUGUUGACGUUAUUGAGGGUCUCAUCUUCGACACCGGAAAUUCCCGAAUGUAUAAGACGAAGCUUCACCUCUACUACCAGCUUGUGGAUAGUAGCCCUCUAGGCCAGUGGCUCGCGUGUCAUUGGACGUCAGAAAACAAGCGCGCUUUUAUUAUCGUCCAAAAAGACUGCUGUUUCGGUUGCAUUGUGCAGCGCACGAUGCGGCUCUAUGAUAUCAUCGAGGACUCGGGAUACCCAUUACCUGCAGAGGGUCUCGACCUCCUCAUCUACGGCCUCACCAUCCUCGCUGCAACUUCCACGCAAUCUGCAGUCUACAAGAUCUUCCGAAAGUCUAUUGAGACCCAGUCACAAUGGUCCGCGCUUGCCCUCACAUAGACGUGCUGUCUCGUCAGACUCUGCGAAUCGGAAACAAGUGGGGAGUAUGAAAUGAUCCGGAACCAAAGUUCACCAUGCUAAGCCUCCUGAUGCUUCAUCUUCGUCUACCUGGGGAAGAGCAAUACGUUCUUAGCCAGGCAAAGCCGCCACUUGUUUUUGCGAUAGGAGCAAUGUUGACAAUGUUGCCUGAUAGCAAGAUCAACUCUGUAACAACAAGUCUUCUACGCAACAGCUCAGCCACCUUCACGAGGCAGAUAUACCUGGUAGCAACAUACAGCCCGGUCUUCCCCUCGGUAGGUUGCACAAGCAGGAUGGUUGACCAGUGGCCGAG